AUGUCACAGCAGUAUAAGAGGAAUAAUAAAUCCAAGAAGUCUCACGUGGAUUCGGAGACCAAAUUCAAGCUAGAUACUCUGACGGAGUUGUUCCCAGACUGGACUAAUGAUGACUUAAUUGAUUUAGUGAAUGAGUUUGAGGAUCUGGAAACAAUUAUAGACAAGAUUGCAACUGGCGCUGUAACAAAGUGGGAUGAGGUAAAGAAACCGUCCAAGAAGGACAGACAACAACAUAAGGAACAAACACUGGCACAACACUUUAGUACGACUACGGAAGGAGAACAAAUAAAUGCGACGCCUGCGUCUAGUACAACUUUUAGUCAGUCCUCACAGCCUCAGGUACAACAGCAGAGAGCACAUCAUCUUGCCAGUCAUACGAACAGCAGCGCUAAGUCAUUUUCGAGACAGAGCAGUAAGUUCAAUAACAAUCAACGAUCAUCUAAGCAUCAACAUCAGAAGAAGAGUAAGGUUCCUAAGGAAAAUUUCAAGCCGGCGACACAACCUUCCAAAACUGCAGCUUCGAGCACCUCAUGGGCAGCUAUGUUAUCAAAGAAGGAAGAACAGAAGGUUCAGCCUAAUGAGGAAAAUUCUGUGGAAGAAUCAUCUGAGACACCUGAGGAAGCUCUAAAAGGCGGUUCACAGCUGGACAAACCCGCCGACGAUCAAGUAUUGGCCGCUGCUUCUGUAACGACAUCACAUCAACAACCGCAACAACAGCUAGAUAAUUCAGAGCAGAAGCCGAAGAAAAUGACAUGGGCCGCCAUAGCAUCUAAGCCACCAAAGCAUGCUGAAGUCGGCGCAAAGAAGCAGGACCCAUUAGAUGAUGUUAAAAAGUUGAAGAAGGCUAUCAACCAGAUUGCCGUGGAAGAUUCUAAUGCUGAGGUUUCUGAAUCUGCUAUAAAUGUUGAAGAGAAUAACUAUACAUCCCAGGAGGUUAGGGAAGAACCUGCCAACAAGGGAGAAUCCUCCAGACAUAACGCUGCGGAUGAAGCCUUCAACACAUCACCAGUAAUUACUACAAAGGAAACUAAUGUAUCUUCUACAACUUCUGUCAACACUUCUGAGCCUGCAGCUAAGGACAAACAUGUUAAUGCCUCUGUAGCUGCAACUGCACCUGUCUCGUUGCCAGCUGAAGCUAGCCACCAAGCCCCACAACAGGUUUCUUUUGGCUCUCAAGAAAAGGAACAGGUAUCUCAACAACCUGCUGCUCAACAGUCACAACAGCAAGCCCCACAACAUGGUUACUACCAAGAUCAAUACACGCAGCAGGUACCACAACAAGCUCAAGCUCAAGCUGCUCAAGCUGCUCAAGCUCAACAGUAUUACAUGAACCACCAAUUCCCAGGCUACACCUACCCAGGUAUGUUUGACUCCCAAUCCGGUUACCCAGUAUACAACCAGCAACAGUUUGGGGCUGCUCCUCAACAAGGCCAGCAGGCUCAAAAUGGUCAGACUAACCAGCAAACUUCCUCUCAAUCCCAGCAACAACAGCAACAACAACAGCAGCAGCAAUACGGUAUUCCUCCAGGUUACGGCCAAGCUGGUGAACUAGCUGCUCAGUCCCCUGUUAGUUCGCAUGUCCAACCACAACAGCAACCACAAUAUGGGGGCUAUGGUAUGCCAUAUUACUUUUACCAGCAAUCUUUCCCAUAUGGUCAACCACAAUACGGCAUGGCAGGUCAAUACCCAUACCAAGUCCCAAAGGCAGCAUACAACUACUACCAGCCUCAGCAAGCAGGCCAAGCAGGCCAACAAGGAGGUCACCAAUCGCAAUCUUUGCAGAAUGAUGACUCCUCCUCCGCAUCAGCCGCUAAUGCCCAACAAGGUCAGCAAAACGCUACUUCAGGGCAACAGUCUCACGCUGCAGCUGCUCAGGCCCAAGCAGCUGCCCAGGCACAAUUCCAACAAUAUUACCAAUUGCAACAACAGGCAGCAGCUAACCAACAAGGUAUGCCUUACGGUUAUUCUGGUUACGACUACACCUCCCAAACUUCCAGAGGCUUCUACUGA